UAGAUUUUCUUAGUUUUGACUCCUAAAUAGUCUUCUUUAUGGUCUGUGGAGUAAGACUAGGUCUGUUUUGGGUCAGCAAAUUAAUUAUGUAAAAUUAACUUCAGUUUUUUAGUUGCACACAAUUGUAUCUACACUCGUAUUAAUUGUACCAAUGCACCUAAAAAAGAAAAUAAUGUAAAUAUUCAUCCUUAAACAUUUUCUGCGGUUUUGUGUCUACAGGUACAGUGCCGACCUAUACGUCUCCAUGGUAACAGACAACAAACAAACCCAGCGUAGUCUGAUCCUGCAGCCAUGGGCUCAAUUCCAUUCCCUUCAGUAGGACUGGGCUACACCUAGGCUACGUGACUGAUGGAUGUGACGCCAUAGGAAAGAAGAAGAGGCCGUGGCCCUUUACAACAGCCAAUCGGCAGGCCAAAGCCCUGCCCACACGUCCCGGCCGAUGACCCCACAAUUUUGCAGAUCCUGUCGAAAUCCAGGAAAGGAGUGAACCUCCCCAGCAUCCAGAGGGUUAAUCAUGGCUGAAAACAUCGAGGAGAAGCUCGGCGAUCUCGACGUCAGGCCAAAAAGCAGUCGAAGUCGCAGCGCGGACCGGAAAGACGGAUAUGUUUGGAGCGGCAAGAAGCUUUCCUGGUCUAAUAAAAGCGGCCACUUGGCCGAUGGAGGCGCGGCGCGUGCUGCGGACAAGGCGGAGGGAUCUGCAAGGAGCCAGGAGAGAAAGCACAGCAGCUCCUCCAUAGAACUGGAUCUGGACCGCUCCUGCGGACAUAAGCUCUUGGGUCGGUCUUUGAAGCAGAAGCUGCAGGAUGCCGUGGGUCAGUGCUUCCCCAUAAAGACCUGCAGCAGCCGCCACCAAUCGGUAUUGUCUUCCAAAAGGAAAAUUCAUAUCAGCGAACUGAUGCUGGACAAGUGCCCCUUCCCCCCCAAAUCAGACCUGGCUUACAGGUGGCAUUUUAUUAAAAGGCACACUGCCCCCGUAAGCCAGCCGCACACCCAGUACGUGGUUAAAGACGCCCCUAAGGUGGACCCUCUAGCCAUGGCCGAAGGGGAGGAGGACACGUUAUCAGAGCGGCACGUCCUGUCUUGUGAAGUAAACAUGGGGGCGGUAGAAUCGGUCACCACCAAAGCCUUGAGGGGCGCCAAGGAGGACAGCGACGUUGACUCGGAUGACGAAGUCCUGACGCUCUGCACUAGUUCUCGUAAGCGGAAUAAACCCAAAUGGGAGCCGGAUGAUGAGGUGUUUCUGUCCGCCACCCCUCCGAAAUAUCACACCCAGAUAGAUUACGUCCAUUGCCUGGUUCCAGACCUGUUCCAGAUCAAUAACAACCCGUGCUACUGGGGAGUGAUGGAUCGGUAUGCGGCGGAGGCCCUAUUAGAUGGGAAGCCGGAAGGGACAUUUUUACUGCGGGACUCCGCACAGGAGGACUACUUGUUUUCUGUAAGUUUCAGGCGUUACAGCCGCUCCCUGCACGCCCGCAUCGAGCAGUGGAAUCACAACUUUAGCUUUGACGCCCAUGACCCGUGUGUGUUCCAUGCCCCCGACAUCACGGGGUUGUUGGAGCACUACAAGGACCCCAGCUCCUGUAUGUUCUUCGAGCCCCUUCUCUCCAGCCCUUUGCACCGGACAUUCCCCUUUUCCCUCCAGCACACCUGCAGAACCGUCAUCUGCGGCGCCACAAACUACGACGGCAUCGACGCCCUGCCGGUCCCUUCUUCCAUGAAACUUUACCUAAAGGAAUAUCAUUACAAAUCCAAAGUGCGGGUCCGCCGCAUCGACAUACCGGGACGCCACCAUAAGUGAUAAACCAGACGUAUUAAUAGUGAUUUUUUAUUUUUAUGGUAUUUCACCGAAGAAAGUUUGUGACCCCCUGCGUUGGCACCUGCACAUUUUCUGUGUAUUUCAGUGAUGAGGUUCAUCUAUGUGCAAUUAGCUUCCAAGGGCUCAUUCACACGACCACGCUCGGUCUGGGAAACGUGGCUUGUGUGUCGGCCGCAUCCACCGGACCGACGGCAGCCCUUCUGUCCCGACAUGAUGAUUUGAGUACAGUACAAUAGCCCUGCGACCAGAUAGGAACUCAGUGGUCACUAUGAUGCAAUCAGUUCAUGUCAGAGGAGCUGCCACCAGUCCAGAAGAUGCGUCCGACACAUGGGCCACGUUUCCCGGACCGAGCACGGUCGUGUGCAUGAGUCUUUAGAGACGUUCAAGCUCCGCUCCAAAACUCCUGCUUAGCCCUAGAGCUAUGUAUAAUUCUAACACUAGAGGGAGCUUACUGCAUACAUUUAUGCAUUGAAUUCUAUAAUAAAGCAGUAUGCACUAAGCUCCUGCACUCCCCCUAGUGGCGGCUGCAGGCAAACAACAUUCUAUACUUUGUUUUUGCUGGGGAUUUUUAGCUCUAAGGCGGCGCUCCAGCUGCUGUAAAACUACAAUUCCCAGCAUUCAAACAUGUUCAGCUGUUCAUUUAACUCCCGUAGAAGGGGAUGGAGCACUCUGGGAGUUGUAGUCUCGGAACACCUGGAGUGCCGAAGGUUGCCGAUUCCUGCUCUUAGGGCUCAUGCACACACCCGUUGCCGUUUUUGCGGACUGCAAAUUGAGGAUUCGCAAAACAUGGAUACCGGCCGUGUGCAUUCUGCAUUUUACAGAACGGAACGUCCUAUCCUUGUGCGCAAAACGGACAAGAAUAAGACAUGUUCUAUUUUUUUUGCAGGGCAGCGGAACGUACAUAUGGUUGUGGCAGCACACCGUCCGCAUCUUUUCCAGCCCUAUUGAAAGGAAUGGGUCCGCAUCUCACCCGCAAAAAAAUGCAGAUCGGAUGCGGACCAAAAAUACAUUCAUGUGCAUGAGCCCUAACCGCUAUAAGGAUAUAUUAGGAAACUAAUCGGCACAGAACGUUGGACCUUAGGCUGGGUUCAGACCUGAGCGUACUGAACGUACGCUCUGUAUGCGCGAUUGUACGGGCGUUUGCAAUCGCGCAUACAGAGACA